CCAUGUAAAAGAAAAUUAUAGAAAGAGGCGUCACACUUCUUUUGAUGUUUAAACCAAUUCAAACAUCAAAAGCAACAAAUCAUAUUUUCUGACAAUUUUUCUUUUCAAUUUUUCUUGGAUUUCAUUUCUUUUUGUUAAUUCCCGGCGAAAUCGCCAUUUCACCACCUUCAACCUCUCUGCAACUAAUGACGUCAUUCAUCGACCUAAAUCUCUACCCCGAUUCUCCGGUAUCGGAAACCGCUGACGUCACCACGGCCUUAACCCUAACCGUCCCUAAACUCGAGCCUAAAGAAGAACCGUUCGACGAACUACCACAAUCUCACAAUAAUCUUCACACAAACCCUAACCUAAAUUACACAAAUCCUAACCUGAAUUUCACUCUCAACACGCAAGCAGAUGUAUCACACGAACACGUUAACGAAACCGAUGUGUAUUCCGAAUUCAACCGGAUUUCUAAGAUGUUUCAGACGGCUUUUUCCGGUAAAGCGGAGAAAUUUGACGACAAUCGGUUCACCGAUCCGGAUUCACGAGCGAUUGUGCCGGUUCCUGAAGAGAAUCUGCAUACAGCCGUUGCGGAUUCCUCUCGCCGGAAGAAUCAGCAGCGGUCAGGUGAAUUGGUUAGGGUUACGAACCUAGGUUUUGAGGAUGAGAGGUAUUUUAGGCAUGUGGUUAGGAAGACCAGGAUGAUGUAUGACUCUCUUAGGGUUCUGGUGAAUAUGGAGGAUGAGAAGCGGAAGAAUAGUCAUGUGUUUGGGCGGAGUCGGAGUGCGCGAGGCGACUUGAGAGCUGCUACAGUGAUGAAGGAGCGUGGCCUUUGGUUGAACCGCGAUAAACGGAUCGUUGGAGCGAUUCCUGGUGUUUAUGUAGGUGAUAUUUUCUUUUUUAGAAUGGAGAUCUGUGUUGUUGGAAUGCAUGGCUUGCCUCAGGCAGGGAUUGAUUAUUUGACGUCGAGUCAGAGCUCGAAUGGUGAUCCCAUUGCCACCAGUAUAAUUGUUUCAGGUGGGUAUGAAGAUGAUCAAGAUGCCGGUGAUGUCAUUAUCUACACAGGCCAUGGCGGGCAAGACAAGUACUCGAGGCAAGCCAAUCAUCAACGAUUAGAAGGUGGAAAUCUUGCAAUGGAACGAAGUAUGCAUUAUGGUAUCGAGGUACGCGUUGUUCGCGGCUUUAGGUACGAAGGUAGCCCAAGUGGUAAAGUGUAUGUUUAUGAUGGACUAUAUAAAGUUGUCGAUUCAUGGCUUGAAACCGGGAAAUCUGGAUUCGGUGUUAUCAAGUUUAAACUUAUUAGAAUGGACAAUCAACCUGAAAUGGGUAGUGCGAUUCUCAAGUAUGCUGAGAGUUUUAGAAAAGGAUCAUUGCAGAGUAUGCCUAGAGGAUAUGCAUCUAUGGAUAUAUCAAUGAAGAAAGAAAACAUGCCUGUGUUUCUUUUUAAUGACAUUGAUGAUAAUCACGAACCGACAUUCUACGAGUAUUUGGCAACAUCUGUUUUUCCCCCAUUUGUUUAUCACCAUGGGGGAAACGGAAACAAUGGUGGAUGCAAUUGUUUUGGUGGAUGUACAGACGGUUGUUUCUGUGCUAAAAGAAAUGGCGGUGACUUUGCUUAUGAUCAAAGCGGUCUGCUUGUUAGAGGGAAACCGUUAAUCUUUGAAUGCGGACCCCAUUGUAGAUGCCCUCCUCAUUGUCGUAAUCGGGUCAGUCAAAACGGUGUUAAGAACAGAUUUGAAGUGUUCCGAUCAAAGGAAACAGGAUGGGGAGUUAGAUCGUUAGACUUGAUACAAGCGGGAUCCUUCAUUUGUGAAUACACAGGCGUUAUUCUCACUAGAGAACAAGCACAACUUUUUAGCAUGAACGGUGAUAGUUUGAUCUAUCCAAAUCGAUUUGGUGAGAGAUGGGCAGAAUGGGGAGAUUUGUCUCAAAUAUUUUCAGACUAUGAACGUCCAUCGUAUCCGUCUGUACCGCCACUUGAUUUUGCGAUGGAUGUUUCUAGAAUGAGGAAUGUUGCUUGUUACAUGAGUCACAGCGUUUGUCCUAAUGUUUUAGUUCAGCUGGUGUUGUAUGAUCAUUCCAAUAUCGCGUUCCCUCACCUUAUGCUGUUUGCUAUGGAGAAUAUUCCUCCUAUGAGGGAACUUAGUCUUGAUUAUGGAGAGGCUGAUGAAUGGACGGGGAAAUUGUCCAUUUGUAACUAAAUAAAUCAACAUGGAGUUGCUUUUUUACGGACCUGAAUGCAGAUUCAUGUAUGCAUGAUGCGCUGAGGUAGGCAUAGAAUAAUCUAUUGACAUCUAUUUGUAGCUCAACACAUAGUAGAGAUUUUAAAGAAGUAAACAAUUACAGGAUUCGCAAGCUUCAACACCAUGUGGCAUGUGAUGUUGCUGUGGAUGCAAAUUAAUGAGACAUAAAACCAAUUGUAAUGAAGGUACACUUGUAGGGAACAUGAAAGGGAUUGCAAGGGUGGAUAUGGUGGUUCUGAUUCAGUUACAGCAGCUCGUUAGCAGGUAUGAAACAGUUGAUAAUGUCUUGCAUUAACAUAAGACAUCCAUGAGUCGAUAUGAUUGCGUUGUUGUAGACUAGUGUAUGUUUUAUGCUGCUAAUUGACUUAAAAGCCCUUAAUUUGUGUUAUAGAUUUGUAAAUAUUAAAUUUUAAAUUAUACAGAUGUUCCAAGCAUAGCGCGUACUGAAAUGGUCGAACUUGGUCCAUGUACCAUUUCAGUCUCUAAGAAAUUAUUAUUAUUUUUUUUCAUACUUUUAAUGUUUUCAAACAGAGUGUAAAACUGUUGGAAGAAAUAACAGAAUUUAUAAAGUAUCGAAUCUGAAA